ACAUGCUACCUGGCAGGUGAAGUACAGGGCAAAAAUACAACCACGGCUAGAUGGGUGUCGCGUGAUUCUCACGUCAUGCUAAAUGCGACAAAGAGCUGUUUUCUCCACGCUGUUUACCAGAAGGUGCAGCCUGUGUGUUUUAAUUCUCUUUAUCUUAAAUCAUGGAGAAAAAAGGCUCAAACUCUUUCGGGAAGAAACCCAAACCCGCGAAGAUGAAGGACGGCGCCGACCCCGUCAAAAACUUUGAGAAAUGGAAGAAAAAAUACAACAAGACGAAAGCACGAGUGAAGCGAGAGAGAGCGCAGAAGAAGAAGCCGGAGUGGCAGGUCGAACGGGAGUACAUCGACAGGCUUGUUAGCAGGUACGGCGACAUAAACACCAAGGAGGCUGUCAAGUUUUCAGACUUCCCCAUUUCAAAGAAAACCUUGUUAGGUCUGCAGGGGGCUCAGUACAGACAGCCCACUGAGAUCCAGAGACAGACUAUCGGCUUCGCUUUGCAAGGUAAAGAUGUUCUCGGCGCGGCUAAGACUGGCUGUGGGAAGACUUUAGCCUUCCUCAUACCGGUGCUGGAGUGUCUGUACCGCCAGCAGUGGAGCUCCAUGGACGGCCUCGGUGCUCUCAUCAUAUCCCCCACCAGAGAGCUCGCCUACCAGACCUUCGAAGUCCUCCGCAAGGUGGGCAAGAACCACGAGUUCUCCGCGGGGCUCAUCAUCGGCGGGAAGGACGUCAAGAGCGAGUCGGAGAGGAUCCACCGCACCAACAUCGUCAUCUGCACCCCGGGCCGGCUGCUCCAGCACAUGGACGAGACGGCCACCUUCCACGCCUCUAACCUCCAUAUGCUAGUCCUGGACGAGGCGGACCGCAUCCUGGACAUGGGCUUCGCGGAUACACUCAACGCAAUCGUGGAGAAUCUUCCCAAGUCCCGGCAGACGCUGCUGUUCUCCGCCACGCAGACCAAGUCGGUCAAAGACCUGGCCCGGCUCAGCCUCAAAGACCCAGAGUACGUGUGGGUUCACGAGAAGGCCAAGUUCAGCACCCCGGCCACCCUGGAGCAGAGCUACGUGGUGUGUGAGCUCCACCAGAAGGUCAACGUGCUCUACUCAUUCAUCAAGAGCCACCUGAAGAAGAAGAUCAUUGUCUUCUUUGCCUGCUGCAAGGAGGUGCAGUUCCUGUUCCGGGCCCUCUGCCGCCUCAGACCCGGCAUGCCCGUCCUGGCUUUGCAUGGCAAGCAGCAGCAGAUGAAGAGAGUGGAGGUCUACAAUGAUUUCCUCAGAAAGCAGAAUGCUGUGCUCCUCGCCACCGACAUUGCCGCCAGAGGCCUGGACUUCCCCGCCGUCAACUGGGUGCUGCAGUUUGACUGUCCGGAGGAUGCAGACACCUACAUCCACAGGGUGGGCCGGACUGCCAGGUACAAAGAGGGGGGAGAGGCCCUGCUGCUGCUGCUUCCCUCAGAAGAGAAGGGCAUGGUGGGCCAGCUGCAGGAGAAGAAGGUUCCCAUCAAUAAGAUCCAGGUGAACACAGACAAACUGCAGAAUGUCCAGCAGAAGCUGGAGGCCUUCCUGGCCCAGGAGAAGGAGCAGAAGGAGAGAGCUCAGAGGUGUUUUGUUUCCUACCUACGCUCCGUCUACCUGAUGAAGAACAAAGAGGUGUUUGAUGUCUUUCAGCUCCAGAUUCAGGAGUACGCUGUUUCUCUGGGCCUCGCUGUGGCUCCAAGGGUGCGCUUCUUAAAUAAAGCUCAGGCACAGAGAGCUGAGAAAGGACAGAGAGAGGAGGAGCAGUCUGAAGAAGAGGAAGAGCUGAGGAGCUUCAAGGCCCAGCUGAAAGGAAACGUUCCUCAUGAGGAAAGUCGGAGCUCUGAGUCAGAAGAUUCAGGUGAUGAUGAGGAAAGUGGUAAUGAAGAAGUGGAUCAGUUCAAGACACUACCUUUGGGUGCAGAUGAUGACAGUGGGGAUGAUGAUGAUGAUCUUAGAGAUUUGGACCUGCUGACAGUCAAAAGAAAGGAUGUCUUCAAUCUGACAGGGGACCAGGCGAGUCCGGAGGAACCUGUCAAGAGUUUCAAAAUGAAAACGGAAAAAGAGACAAAGUUCAAAGAAGCCAAAAAGGUCGUCAAGAGAAACUUUCAAGUCAACACCAAAGUGGCUUUCAACGAAGAAGGACAGGCUGUGCAGCUGUGGCCGCCAGUCCAGCGGGCAGUGACUGGAGAAGAGGAGGAAGAGGAGGAGGAGGUUUCGGGUAUCGACGUGGAGAAGGCCAGGGAGAGGCUGAAACGCGAGGACCAGGAGUUUGACAAGCAGGAGUACAGCCGCAAAGUGAAAGCCAAACACAGAGAAAAGAGGCUGAAGGCGAAGGCAGCCAGGAGGGAGGCCAGCAAGCUGCACGGACAGAAAUCUGACGAGGAGGAAGACGAGGUGGUGGCGUACCUGGCCAAUCACAGCGAAGACGAGUUUGACCCGAGCACCCUGCCGGACCCUGACAAACUGCGCUCCGAGGAGGAGGAGGAGAUAAGGUCAGCUAAACGGCAGCACAACAGUGAAAGCAGUGAUGAGGAAGAGAAGGAGCUCACAGUGGGGAAGAGGAAGAAAGUGAGGCAGCAGGAUGAUGAGCACAUAGCUCUGGACACUGGUCUCUCUCUGGCUGAAGACGAAGAGUUAGUCUUACAUCUGCUAGGAGGACGGAGGUAGAGAAACUAGAGAUUCGGGGGAUUUAGGGAGGGUUUACAAACAUUAGGAACUCAACAGUUGAGAAAAGGUUGAAGCACAGAAGCUGUUUCCCAAUUCCAGACUACAUGCUAAUUCUACCCAGUUUUUCAGUUUGUAUUGUGUUCACAUUCGUGCACUUCCAUGCACUUGGAGGCCUCACAAGAGACACAUUUAAGAAAGACUGGCCGAGACUGACGCAUCAGAGGCCAAGGUAUCCUGACUUUUAGUUCAUGGUAUGGUCAAGCUCCAAAAUACUGGAUCCCAUAAUGCAGCCUAUACUGUCUCAUCAUUAAAGCCCCUAAAAACUUGGCUUCAAAUCUUAUUUGUCUAUAACAUUAAAUAUAUGACUAAAUGAGCAACAAUUAACGUUAAAAACAUCUUAAAAUAUUAUUUGUUGAGAGAUUCACACUCAAACUCAGCAAAUCUGUUUCAUCAGAACUGUGUGGGUGUGGUUUGUGAUUUGAUUGACAAUUACCAAACAACCCAUCAACUGUCACCACAUUUUGAUUCAAAUUUUGUUAAAUCCUGAUUGGUUCACAGAAGUAGGUAACCCCACCUCACCUUUUCAACUGCCCACUUCAAAUCAGUGAGAAAUGUAAAACUUCAUCAUCAUCAUCAUCAAAGGGACUGGAGGUCUUGUAAUUAAUGACAUGCAUUGAAUAAUUAACAUGAUCUAACUGUCUUUUUUAUGUUAUCAAAGUAUGUACCAAGAACGCUAUCACCGUUUUGGGAUGAAUUUGGAUAUUGAGUUAUUCUAUUAAAGAAAUUGUAUUGCUCA